CAUCAUCAUAGUGGGGUCCUGCAACAGCGCCUCACUCAGUCACUAAUAGAUUUUUCUGUUCGCAUGCUUGGCUUGUUGCGACAACACCUAUACAGAGCACAGAUAAAAUCACGAUGCCUACAGAACUCGAAGAGCUGGUGGAUUUCAUCGUCCACCCCAACCCGCAGAUUCGGGUGCUUGCGGCGGAGGGGCUUAUACCAUACUCGAUUUCUCAGCCGAGCAUAUUCAAGGCCGACAAUCUUAAGCCUGUAGAAAACCUGAAAACUCUGAUAAAAGAUCACCCUAAAUUAGCAGAACAUGUCUUGACCAUCCUUAUAAACUUGACGGGAGACCAAGAAAUCCUGGCCCGGGUUGCUUCAGAUGACAAGUUUCUGGACAACCUGCUAGGAUAUGUGGUUCUGCCUGAAGAGCCAAAUGCAAAUCUUCAUUCGAUGCUGCUCGCGAACCUGGCAAAGUAUGACGGGUUCAAGAAAAUCCUCGAGAAGAAACAACCGGCACAGAAGGGGCUCGACACGGACGAGCUGAUAGUUAAUCAGCUACUGGACUUGUUCGUCAAGGGCGCAGACGGCACCUACAACAAGAACGCCGACUUUGAUCAUCUGGCGUACCUGUUUGCGGAUCUCUCGAAACACGCCGAGUUCCGCCAGCACUUUCUCAAGAAGCAGGAGUACGACGGCGUGAUCCCGCUCGACAAGAUCAAGGUCUUUACUGAGCACAAGUCCGACGUGCGGCGCAAGGGCGUCGCGUCGACCAUCAAGAACAUUGCCUUUGAGAUCCCUUACCAUCAGCAGCUGAUCGCCGACGACGAGAUCGAUAUCCUGCCGUAUAUCCUGCUUCCGAUCAUGGGCAGCGAGGAGUACGACGAGGACGAGAUGAUGGAGAUGCUCACGGACCUGCAGCUCCUGCCGCCGGACAAGCAGCGCGACUCAGACCCCAACAUCAUCCAGACGCACGUCGAGACGCUUCUGCUGCUGACCACGACCAAGGAGGUGCGCGACUACCUCCGGAAGGUCAAGGUGUACCCGAUCAUCCGGGAGACGCACAUGCACGUGGAAAACGAUGGCGUGCAAGAUGCCUGCGAGCGACUGGUGCAGGUGCUCAUGCGGGACGAUGCCACGGCGGAGGAAGAGGAGCAGGCGGCGCGGGUCACGGAACUUGAGGAUGGCGAGCCAGAGGUGGUGGUGGAUACAUCGAGGAAAGCGAUCACGGCCAGCAAAGAUGAUGAUGAUGAUGAUGACAAUGAGAUUGUCGAAGUAUAGACCCAUCAAGGAUGGGCAAGAUAACACACCAGAAGAAUAUGACACAUCAUUUACAUGGAAAG